UGUGUCUGCGUGCGUGUGUGUGCAAGUGCGCGAGUGUGUGUGUGUCCAUGUGAAGGUGGCCCUGUUUUGGGGCUAAUUAUAUAGCAGAUCGUCUAGCUGAAGCUGAAACAUGGAAGUUACACCGGGAACAGCAGAACCUCCUGGCCGGGAUACAACGGUACACAGAACCCCGCGUAUUACGUUUAGUGAUAACUCCAGUUCCCUUAUACGAUGCAUACCCAACGAACGUGCAACUUUUUUUGUGAAAAUCGAUUGCGAUGAGGACGAAGAAUCUGAGCUGCUGCCCUUCAAAUUCGAAUGGAGCCGUAACGACAUACCCAUCGAAAACUCGGAUCGCUUUCGCAUUACAAACACGAGCAAUGCCGUCCAGCUGGCCGUGGAGCAUGUGCAGCGCGAGGAUGCGGGACAUUAUACGUUGAUUGCCCGCACGAAGAGCAACGAUGUCGUGCGGAAGCAUAUCGAACUAAUUGUCGAGGACAGAUCCACGGGCGAGGAUCCACCCGUGUUUCUGCGACGACUGGUCGAUCUGUCCGUUAAAGUGGGAACACGCACGCGUCUACUUACCGAAAUACGCAGCUCAACAGAUCUUAAGCUUACCUGGUAUCGAAACGAUCGUAGGAUUUGCGAAAACGAUCGCAUCACAGAAACGAAUGAGGGCACAUUUCACUAUCUCGAAGUGAGUCCAGUCAUCUUAGAGGAUGGUGGCCAAUGGAUGCUAAUGGCCGAGAAUAUGGGCGGUCGCAAUUCCUGUUUGGCCACGUUAAAUGUGCUCGUCCCGAAGGCUUACAAGACUCCCGAGUUUGUCGAGGAGCUGCGGGCCGUGCUUACCGAACAGGGCACAGUAUCGCUGGAGUGUAAAGUUGUGGGUGUACCGACACCACAUUUGCGUUGGUUCAAGGACUCUAAGGAAAUCAAGGCUGGAGAUAUCUUUGCGCUGACCGCCAAUGCAGAUGACCCCACAUCGCUAGGCACCUACACUUGCGAGGCCAAGAACUGCAUGGGCGUUACUUACUCCAGUUCCAAGGUUCAUGUCGUGGGUCGGGGCAGUCGCGAGGGUUCCCUCAAACCAGCCGACAAUGUUAGCAAUAAUGCGCCGCCGCCGAUCUUUACGAAUGAGCUGAAAGACAUGAGCGUUCGCAUUGGCGAUACCAUCAUACUCGGCUGUCAAGUUGUGGUGCCACCUUGGCCCAAGAGUGUCACCUGGUACAACAAGGAUGGUCGGGUGGAAACUGGCGAGCGUUAUAAACUGAUCGAGGAUGGCCUCGGCGUCUAUAUGAUCGAGAUAAAGCCAUCGGAAUCGUGCGAUGCUGGCGAUUGGAAGUGUGUGGUCAGUAGCUUUGAGGGCUGCGUUGGAAUCUCAUCUUCUGCAGUCAACAUGGACAUUCCCAGAAACUAUCGCAAGCCCAGAUUUAUGGAGAGUCUACGCGCCGUGCUGACCGAUGAGGGCCUGGUCUCAUUUGAGUGCAAAGUUGUGGGCUUUCCGACGCCUGUGCUCAAGUGGUUCAAGGAUGGUCACGAACUGAAGCCAGGCGAUGUCUAUCAGCUGACAGGGACCAAUUCCCUGGGCACCUACUGCUGCAUCGCCCGAAACUGCAUGGGAGAGACGAGCAGCACAGCUGUACUCACCGUCGAGGACAUCCAGAAUCAGUUGACGGAUGAGGAGCGUUUGGUUUUCACCCAUCAGAAUCAGGCACCGAAAUUCUUAACUGGACUCAAGAGCACAGAUGCCAAGAUCAAUGAACCUUUUCAAUUCAAGGUUGUGGUCAAGGCCACACCAGAUCCUGUCCUAAGCUGGUUUCGGGAUGAGUUGCCUAUUGAUCCGAAUGAGCGAUAUAAUCAUUACCGUGGCGAGAACGACGAUUGGCAGCUGGACAUUAAAUCUGUUGAGUUUGUCGAUCAGGCCGAGUGGAAAUGUGUUGCCGUCAAUGAUUUCGGAACGAGCAUCACCUCCUGCUUCCUCAAGCUGCAGAUCCCAAGGCACUAUAAGAAACCGAGGUUCCUCGAAUGCCUGCGAGCUGUGCUUACCGAGGAGGGAGCCGUCAAUCUGGAGUGUAAGGUUAUUGGCGUACCUCAGCCGGUGCUAAAGUGGUACAAGGAUGGCGUUGAACUGAAGCCGGGUGACAUUCAUAGGAUUAUUUCUGGUCAGGAUGGCACAUGUUGCCUGGGCACAUACACCUGUGAGGCGAGGAACUGCAUGGGCGUGGUGGCCAGCUCAGCAUCACUGCUAGGCUUUGAAGAGGCUCAACGGAGUCAGAAGACGGAGCAGUUGCAUGAGAACGAAUUACAAAGGAAUUACUCUUUGUCCACUAUACAGGAGGAGCGCACUUCGCAGAUGUAUGAGACACCAGUUGGAGAUAUAACCAUUGAUGAAAAGGGCGAUGUCUCCUUCUCCUUCGAUGGCAAAGAGGUUUCCGUGUCGCUUUACGAGACACCUGAUCUAACCGAAGAGGAAGCGCUCAAGAUUGUCGAAAUGUAUGCGGAUCAGAUAUCAGAGCAUGUGACGGAGCACAAUAUUGUGGAGCUGCCGCCACUGCGUUUCGUCAAGGAGACAUCCCAAUCUGGCAAACUGCUUAUGGAAGCAGUCGUCAUUGAUAUAUCCCCCGAGUAUUUUACUCAUGAUGAGGACAUGCGAACUGAGGCGGAUAUGGACGACAUAUCCAUAACAGAGAUCACUGUGCAUGGCUCCUCCGGCAGGGAGGGAGUCUUCGACAAAGAAACCGAACAAUAUGCCCAGCAAUCCUUUGAGAAAAUGGAAGAGGAACUCUCAUUAUCGGCGCCAAUCAGGAAGCGCAAAAAGUCCCGACCAACAGAGACUGAGGAAUUCUUCAGCUUAUCAAAGGCCUCCGCUUCGGGCAGUCAGGGCGAUGGCGAUGGAGAUGAGGAGACAUCUGAUUUGCAAACCUUUGCCAGUGCACAGAUGUCUACAUCACAAAAGACAGUUGCAGCGCCGGCAACUUCUGAGGGAGAAGCUGCCGCUCCCCCAAAGCGAAAGAAGUCCAAGAAACCCACGGACAGCGAUUCAUCAAAGACCACAGAGGAUGAGGCCAAGUUACUGGACAUUUCUGGCGCCGUUGGCGAUGGUCUCUUGAUGACACCCACUUCUCAUCUGAAAGCAGUAACGGAUGAAGCGGAAAUCAACAAUAAUCUUAUUGCCUUAGUUCCUUUGGCCAAACUGCUGAGAAUCAUUGAGAAUCAUCUGACUGUGGUGGAGACUGAAGUGAUGGAACAGUCCACCAUGAUGAUGACCCCAGCAGCUGCAGAUCAAAGUAUUGCCAUCAUCCGCAACAUUUUAGAACCCAUCAAACAGAUCGAAUCAAAGCUGAGAGUCUACUCGGGAGAGACUCAAAUCGAUGCACUUAUCCAAUCCAUGGAGGAUGACAUACGCAGGCUACACAUGGGUCUCCAGGUGAUUGAGAAAUGUGUGGAGAUUGAUGAAACAGGCGCCACUCUUAUUCAAAGAACCAGUGUCUGCAUCAUCGACAGCGUCGCGGAGCACAUGAAGCGGGCGCUGGAGGAGAUGAAGAUUGUCAGCGAGAAAUUUGAAUCUGAGACUUUGCGAUCACAGAUCAGGAUAACAGCAGAUGAUAUACAGCAGGGACUGGAGAUUACCCAAGGUACAAUCAGAUCACAGGCCCUUCUGCAGGAGGCCCAAGAGUUGGAGGCAGCCAAGCACUUCUCGGAUGCCGUGGAGAAGAUGCAGGAUGUUCCCGAAAGUGUUUCCUUUGCAACGAUUUCGGAGGCCAAUUUACCCAGCGAAGCGAGCGCCUUAAAAGAGAUUUGUCAACCUGUGGCCAAGAUACAAGAAGCUCUCGAACGUGUCGAGAUGGAGCUUUCGCUGGAGGAGAGCGAGGAGGAAAUCUACAAAAAGGUGCACAAAAAGGUCUUGGACAGUAUUGUGGAGCCCAUCAAGCAACUCCAGACGACACUCCAGUCCAUUGAGGAUAAAACAGAGUCUUUAACUGGUUCCGAAUCAAUGGAACAAAAGAUUAACAUGGCCAUUCUCGAUAUUGUGACUCCGCCGCUCUUCGAACUCAACAAGGGAUUGGAGCUGAUUCUUAACGAAAAAUCGGACAGCAUUGAAGCUGGUAUGUUUACAGUUCAGACGGUGGAAUCGAUGGUCCCUCCGCUGCAGGAGAUUCAAAAUGGUCUGGCCCAGUUGAGUCAAGAUCUUGAGACGGGACAGAUAGAGCGGGCAGAGGAAGCCACCUUGGAUCUGGCAGAUACGCAGAAGCUAUUGCAGUCCAUUGCCCAAGCUGUGUUGCAUUUCGAGACGAAUAUUGAAAGGAUAUCAGAUCGUCUUACUGACAAUGUAAAGAUUCGUUUACAGAAUCUAAAGGAUGAACUUUCAGCUUUAAUUGGCACCAUUCUGGAUAAAGACAUAACACGGCAUCACGUGGAUCUGCUCGACAAGCUCAAGCGUCCCAUUGAUGAACUAAACUAUUGCAUACGUCAGACGGAGGUGAAGUCCACAUCUGGUUCAUUGGCUGAUUUGAUUGAACCCCUCAGCAUGCUACAGGAGAGUACGCAGAAGGGACAUGGAGUCCUAUUACGCGAACGGGAGCCCGAUAAGCAAGCACUACAAUCCCUUGAAAACAUUCGUAAUAUCAUACGCAAUGUCAUAAUCGAUAUUGAGGAGCACGAGUUUAAGAUGCUACAGCAGGAGAUCCAACAGGAUGAGCAGCAUGCGGCGCAGCAGGAUAAAUCCUUUAGUGCGUUACGAAAGGUGCUCGAAACGAAAGUCUCCCUGGAGGAGGCCAUUGGUAACAUUGAAACCCUGCAGCUGGCAUUAAACAGAAUCAAUGAGGAUUCCAAAGCUGCACCCAAAACCAGAUUCUCUGCAAAUGAAGCUCAAGUUGCUUUGCUAAGGAUUCUACAAAUAGCCAAGGGAUUAGCCACAUUUAGCGAGUCGGAAACCACACUAAAUUCAAAUGAGGCAAAUACCACUAGAAUCCUAUAUGAAAUGAGUAAAAGCUUUGCUGAUCUGGCCAAGACACUGGAUAAUCCGGCAGCUGAGAAUAAUGAAUACAACGAUGUUCUGGGUAAUUUUAAUGAUAUUCUGACCCAGCAGAAAGACGAAAAACUGAAUUGGAAUACACUUGCGAUUGCAAGUCCCCUUACGAGUUUCAUACAAGCCCUGGGAAAUCUUCAACCCCUGAAGGGAUCUGUUGAGGAUCUAUCCACACUUGACGACAUUUCGGUUUUAAAAUCCAUUGCUGAAUCGCUGCCCACGGAGCCUGAAGUAUUCGUAGAAGAGGAAAAGAAAAGAACUUUCGAAGGGGAAACCGUCAAGAAACCAACUGAAGUCUUACUCUCAGAUCUUAAUCAUGGCAUUGCCUCAGUGCUGUCUCAUUGCGAGGAUCUCGAUGUGACCUCUUUGCGUUCCGAUGCAGCUGAACCACUUCAAGCCGCAAUCCUUAAAAUGCAAGAGCUGCAGAACAGCAUUGCGUUGGUGCAGGAGACAAACCUUGCCGAGGCCGCCCAAUCCAUAUCAGAAGAUACUGAUCCUGGCACUUUCGCUGCUGCGAUUUGCAGCUUGGAACGUUGUGUUCUGGAGGUGGAGGAAUGUAUUGCCCACAGUGGAGCCGAGAGUCUAACAGAUCUGGAACUCUCCAAGCUGAAGACACUGGCAACUCCAUUGCGCGAUCUCAGACAGUACUGCGAACAGAUUGAUAUCCAGGCCAUGGAGCAAGCUAUCGAUAUGUCGACACAAGAUAUAUCGGAGCUGAAGACAAGCGGCCAUAAGAAAACUGUGGAGGCCGCUGUCAAGGAAGAGGCUAUCAUCGAAGCAGAACCCAAAGUGGAACUGUACGAUGUGAAACAGGGUGUUGUGAGUGGCAUAAAGCAACUGGAGGCCUGUUUGGAGGUAACCAAAAAGGACAAUAAUGAGGAAUUGCGACGGGUCGGUGAAAUUAUGCAGCAAUUGAACUCUGACUUGAAGAGUAUUCAAGAAGCCCUCAGCUCGGAUAGCGAUCAACAGGAAACUGUAUUGGCUCAGGCGAAAAUCGCCCAAACCAUGUUCAAAUUGAAGGAGUGUUUGGUUCAUACAUACGAAUCUGGUUUGGUGGACUCCCUGGAGAAUGUGGAAAGCGCUUUCGAAGAUAUUCUGCUCUCUUUACCCGUAUUAGAGACGCAGUUGGCCCAGGAGAUGUAUGCGAAAAUUGAGAAUACCUUCAAAAACUUCAUUAAAUACUCUCAGAAAUUAGCUAGCAGCCAACAACAGUCCGUUGGAAACCUAAUCUCAUCAUUUGAAAAACUAUUGGAAAUUAUAAAGGCUGUCGCCGAUUCACCCAAUGUCGAUAUUGACAAAUCAUCAACUUUAAUGGUUAAUCUGCAGACCAGCCUAAUGACCUCAUUCCGUGCCCUCAAUGAGAUCAGCGAAGUGGCUGACAAUGAUCACCUGGGAGGACUCCUUAAAACUCAGAGUAGUCUUGUUGCGGUCUUUGACUUUAUUGAGAACAAUGAAAACACGAUUCGCAUCAUUGAGUUACUUCAGGAAAUUGAUGUCAUAUCUGCGGAACUAAAGAGCGUCUCUCUGGUUCCAAUCGAACCAAGAUUGCCAAUCGAUAUCAGCAUGAUCAUAGAAAAUGUGUCUACGGGUAAAGCGUUUUUAACUCAAAUUGAACAGGGCCUGCAAAACGAUCAUCCAUUGAGUGUAAUGCUUCUGGAUGAGAACACGGAAGAAUUAAGUCAACUAGAGGCCACACUCAUUCAAAUUGAAAAUGAAAUUCUCUCCCAGACUGAGCUAACACAAAUUACAUCGGAGCAACUCACCCUUAUUGAGACGGUCCAGCUGCAAAUCAACAAUCUUCAGCAAAAAUUAACUCUUCUUAAUUCAUCCCUUGAGGCACAGCUGCAGGAGGAGGAAAGGGGAAUGAAGCAACAGGCAAAUAAAGAAUCCUUUAAAUCAGAGCAUGAAAAGGAAACAGAACAACAAUUCCAGGAGGAGGAGAUAACUCAGCAACAAAUCCUGGAAAAAGCAGAAAAAGUUUAUGGAAAGAAAAUAGAGAUAAAGGCGAAAAGAAAACUGAAUGAAGAGGUAAAAGAUGCAACACCAAAGAAGUCAAAAGAUGAAAUCGAUGCAGAAGUGGCUCAACAACCUGAUAAAUCAAUAAAAAAAUCAACUGAUGCAAUUACUGAUGAUCUUGCGAUAUUUAAACAGACACUGAAUAAAAAGCUUUUAGAGUUAAAGUCCCACGAGAGGAACAAUGAGUUAAAGCUCGUUUUAAGUAACAGUAAAGAUAUCUUCGAUAACUUGCAAGAUUCGGAAAAUAUUAAAAAGGGCACUUUCAUGCUUAGAGAGCAUAUAGUUCAUACCUAUGAUGGGAAAUCUGCUGAAGAUCAAACGGAUAAAGAAAUGGUUGAAGCUUUUAUCGAAUCACUCCUUGAGUUCUCACCAACUGCUGCAGAAAAUAUUAGUAACCACUACCUGAAGGAAAUUAAAACAAAUAUUAUUUUAACUAAAGCUUCUAUAAGACUAAUUGACGACAGUAAAAUGGAUGCGAAGCCGUCUUUACUUUUGCCAAAACUCGUUAAUCUUGAAACCAUUGCCGAAAACAUCAAGUCUCAUCAGCAUAUUGAAAAAUCCUCUGAAAAGAUGAUUCAUCUACAACAAAAUUUAAUGGACAUUUUUGUAAUUCUGGAUGAUCUUUUAAAUGACAGGACAGCAAUCUUAAAACCUACAAUUGACGAUAUUAAAAGUACUCUAGUUACAGAGUAUGAUUACAUUGAGAAGAAACAGGGACACUUGCUUACUGCUACCGUGGUAGAAAAAAUACACAACAUUACUAAAAAAAUGUUGAAUGUGUGCGAGGAAUUACAAAAGGUUAACAAGGAGUUGAUUGAUGAGAAGUCAAUUAAAUCUAUUGAAGAAAAGAAAGAGGAAUAUAAGCAGGAGCAAAAUAAGAAGAUUGCUGAAGAAAUGGUCCCCAAAAGUGAGAAACAAGAGGCUAAGGAAACUGAAGCUGAAGUGCAAAAGGCGAAGAUUCUCGAAAAACAAACCAUUGAGGAGAAGAAACUGGAUGAUAAUCAAAAGACCCAGGAAGAAAAAGAUGCUUUGAAGAAGGCUCAGAAGGCAGAGACAACUGAAGGAAUGGUCCCAGAAAGUAAGAAACCAGACGUAAAGGAAACAGAAGCAGAGGCGCAAAAAGCGAAGAUUCUUGAACAACAAAACAUUGAGGAGAAGAAAUUGGAUGAUAAACAAAAGAAACCGGAAGAAAAAGAUGCUGGGAGGAAGGCUCAGAGGGGAGAAACAUCUGAAGUUGUUGCCGAAAAGGUUUCCGAAGAAAGAGUCCCAAAAAGUAAGAAACCAGACGUUAAGGAAACAGAAGCUGAGGCGCAAAAAGCGAAGAUUCUUGAACAACAAAUCAUUGAGGAGAAGAAAUUGGAUGAUAAACAAAAGAAACAGGAAGAUAAAGAUGCUGAGAUAAAGGAUCAGAAGGGAGAGGCAUCUUCAGUGGUUACUGAAAGGGUUUCCGAAGAAAUGGUCCUAGAAAGUAAGAAACAAAAGGCAAAGAUUCUUGAACAACAAACCAUUGAAGAGAAGAUACUGGAUGAUAAUCAAAAGAAACAGAAUGAAAAAGAUGCUGAGAUGAAGGCUCAAAGGGGAGAGACAUCUGAAGCUGUUGCUGAAAAAGUUUCCGAAGAAAAGGUCCCAGAAAGUAAGAAACCAGAUGUUAAGGAAACAGAAGCUGAGGCGCAAAAAGCGAAGAUUCUUGAACAACAAACCAUUGAGGAGAAGAAAUUGGAUAAUAAACAAAAGAAACCGGAAGAAAAAGAUGCUGGGAGGAAGGCUCAGAGGGGAGAGACAUCUGAAGUUGUUGCUGAAAAGGUUUCCGAAGAAAAGGUCCCAGAAAGUAAGAAACCAGACGUUAAGGAAACAGAAGCUGAGGCGCAAAAAGCGAAGAUUCUUGAUCAACACAGCAUUCAGGAGAAGAAAGUGGAUGAUGAAAAAAAGAAACAGGAAGAUAGUAAUGCUGACAAAAAGGUUCGGAAGGGAGAGACAUCUGAAAUUGUUGCCGAAAAGGUUUCCGAAGAAAAGGUCACAGAAAGUAAGAAACCAGACGUUAAGGAAACAGAAGCUGAGGCGCAAAAAGCGAAGAUUCUUGAACAACAAACCAUUGAGGAGAAGAAAUUGGAUGAUAAACAAAAGAAACAGGAAGAAAAAGAUGCUGGGAGGAAGGCUCAGAGGGGAGAAACAUCUGAAGCUGUUGCCGAAAAGGUUUCCGAAGAAAAGGUCCCAGAAAGUAAGAAACCAGACGUAAAGGAAACAGAAGCUGAGGCUCAAAAAGCGAAGAUUCUUGAUCAACACAGCAUUCAGGAGAAGAAAUUGGAUGAUAAACAAAAGAAACCGGAAGAAAAAGAUGCUGGGAGGAAGGAUCAGAGGGGAGAAAGUUCUGAAGUUGUUGCUGAAAAGGUUUCCGAAGAAAAGGUCCCAGAAAGUAAGAAACCAGACGUUAAGGAAACAGAAGCUGAGGCGCAAAAAGCGAAGAUUUUCGAACAACAAACCAUUAAGGAGAUGAAAGUGGAUGAUGAAAAAAAGAAACAGGAAGAUAACAAUGCUGACAAAAAGGUUCAGAAGGGAGAGACAUCUGAAGUUGUUGCUGAAAUGGUUUCCGAAGAAAAGGUUCCAGAAAGUAAGAAACCAGACGUUAAGGAAACAGAAUCUGACGCUCAAAAAGUGAAGAUUUUAGAGCAACACAGCAUUGAGGAGAAGAAACUGGAUGAUAAACCAAAUAAACAGGAAGAAAAAGAUGCUGAGCAGAGGGGUCAGAGGGGAGAGACAUCUGAAGUUGUUUCUGAAAAGGUUUCCGAAGAAAAGGUCCCAGAAAGUAAGAAACAAGACGUUAAGGAAACGGAAGCUGAGGCGCAAAAAACGAAGAUUCUUGAACAACACAGCAUUGACGGGAAGAAACUGGAUGAUAAACUAAAUAAACAGGAAGAACAUGCUGACAAGAAGGCUCAGAAAGGGGAGGCAUCUGAAGUUGUUUCUGAAAAGGUUUCCGAAGAAAAGAUCCCAGAAAGUAAGCAACAAGACGAGGCAUCUGAAGUUGCUUCUGAAAAGGUUUCCGAAGGAAAGAUCCCAGAAAGUAAGCAACAAGACGUUAAGGAAGUUGAAGCAACGGCUCAAAAGGCGAAGAUUCUUGAACAAAAAAAUAUUAAGGAGAAGAAACUGGAUGAUAAACUAAAUAAACAGGAAGAACAUGCUGACAAAAAGGCUCAGAAAUUAGAGACAACUGAAGUUGUUGCAACAAAAGUUUCUGAAGAAAAGGUUCCAGAAAGUAAGAAAAAAACUGAAGCUGAGGAGCAAAAUGUAAAUAUUCUUGAACAACAGUCUAUUGGGAAGAAGAAACUGGAUAAUAAACAACAGAAACUGGAAGCAACAGAUGCUGAGAAAAAGGCUCAGAAGGGAUUGUCAUCUGAAGUUUUCGUCAAACAGAAAAAGCAGGGUGAUAAAGAUGGUGAUGGUAAAACUAAAACUGGAGAUGGGUCUGAUAACAUAGCUGAUAAAGCUUCCCAAGAAAAAGUCCCUGAUACGAAGAUACCUGAAGCUGUGGAAGCUGGGGUUAUAGCACCGAAAGCAAAGGUACUUCAUCAAAAUUUUCUUGAAGAAAAGAAAGUUGAUGGAAAACAGCAAAAUGAUUCUGAAAAGUACGUUGAAAUCAAGGGCGAGGUGGAUACUGUAGAACUAAAGCUCCUAUCGAAAGAGUCAAAAAGCGUACGAGAAGACGGACUGAGUCUACAUGAGACAAUUGAACGUAGAAGACAAACUGUAGAAACAGAAGACUCUGUAAGUCCAAGUCAUGAUAAGACUUACAAGUCCUUGGAGACUGAAUAUAAGGAAAGAAAGGAAUCCCGAAGUGCUAAGCGUAAACCGACAGUUGACUUAAUGCUGACAAACCGUAAUUCGGCUACGGGAAGUGACCUAAAGCUAACAUGUGGAGUAUCUGGUCAGGAUGUGAAUGUUCAAUGGUUCAAACAAAAUAUUUCGAUUGCAAACGAUGUUAAGUACAAAAUAACCUUGAAUGAUGGUCUAUACUGCCUUGAAAUCAAAGCGACAGACAUGAAUGAUUCUGGCAUUUAUCGAUGCAUAGCGUCCAAUCGAAAUGGAGAGGUCGAAACAAGUUGUCUUGUGACUAUAUACGAAGCACCUUCAACUAAAUUUGGCACUCCGCCAAUAUUUACACGCAACAUUCGAGUAAAAUAG